GACAAUAAAAAGCAUAACUCACAUUCAUUAUCCUCUUUUAUCUGCAACAUAAUAAAAAGCAUUCUUUCUAGCUAGUGAAAACAUGAAAACCAUUUCAAAGCUUUUCUUUUUGCUGUUUUUUACUCUCUGGCUACACAAAAUUCUAGCUGCUCACGGUGAAAUACCAGAUUUAAUCCCCAUAGCUUGUGAUCGUACUUUGCACAAAGACCUUUGCAGAAACAACCUUGAAUCGGACCCCGAGAGCAUCGAGGCUGUUGAUGUUCAUGGCCUUACCGUUGUGGCAAUAAAACAGGCAGCAACCAAUGCCACCAACAUACGUGACUACAUCACCAAGCUGGACGAGGGAACAUCUGACGAGGUUGUUCACCAAUGUCUGUCCGACUGCUUUCAGAACUACGAAGAUGCAAUUGAUCAGCUUGAUGAUUCCCUCAAUGCCUUGGAAUCUAAAAGGUAUGACGAUGUUGUAACAUGGGUCACGGCCGCAAUGAACGAUGCUCUUACGUGUGAUGAAGGUUUCAAGGAUCAAGGCCGCCAGUCUCCACUCGCUAAUUUGAGAAACUUAUUCGAUCCGCUGUGUAGCAUUGUCUUGAGCCUUACCAAUCAACUGAAGCAGUGAUCUUUCUCUCAAGCUCUUUACCAUACCAAGCUUAGCCUUGCGCAAUAAUAAUUAAUUAUUUGGUUUGUAAAUUUUCAUUGUUUUCCAAAGCAUCAAUAACAUUUUCUGGUUUGUACGUGUGAUUUUACCCGACUCCAAACAUCUUUGAUCAUAUCCCAUGUCAUGCUUUUGUUUGUCUUGGCACAAGCCAAUCCCUGGAAAUUCAAUUGAAUCCAGAAAUUGAUUUAAAUUUUGGUUACAAAGAUUAACACAGAC